CCCACCUCACACCACAAAUGAAAUACUGUAAUACAAGAGUCAAUUUGAAGACUUCAGUUGAACAUUGGUUGCUGUACUAACACCAAUCUUUUUAACACAAUUUGUGCACUAAGGCACUUCAGCUAUGGUGAGAUUAUUUAACUGCAGCAAGCUGGAGAGGUGCAGUUCACUGAGGUUGUUAACUGUGGAGACACCAACCUGCUGCCAAGUAGGAUUUGCUGUUCUGUGAUACUAAUGAGUUCCAGAUUGAGAGGCUAGACUGCUGUGAUCUCCCUUAACCACUACACUGCAGGUAUAUAAUCUGGUUUGCAGGACUCUGUGUGACUGGUCUCCUUCACAGGAACAGUCGGAAAGCAGCGAGCUCCAGGUGGCUCUCAAGAAUUUCGCUGCCAAAAAAAGCCCACGCUGGAAAGUCCAAAGGGGCUCCCUAGAGGGAGUUGGGUUCAGCCCGGAAGAGAGUGAGAUUAGUAAAGCAUGAUUAUACAACCCAUGCUGGUGGCCGUCUGUCAGAGGGAAGAGGAACAGUAACGGCAAUUAGCAAGACUGAAAGCUUCAGAAGGCUUACAAUCAGUGAUCUGCAUAGUUCCCUCAGAAGAAUUUUCUUCCAGUACUUGAUUUCAGAUGUCCACUGCUGUCUGAUCCAUAACUGGCUGACACACCACUGCGGUAAGCACAUCCCUGCUCAGUGUGGUAAUCACUGAUAUUUAUCACCACUUUUUGACCUGUUUACUAUGAAGUAAAGCACUUCUGUUUUUGCCAAGUUACUCACUUGCCUUGAGCUGUCCGAUGCCCUCAACAGGUUUGAAUUAGCUUUCUGUGUCGUCGUCAAGGGAAAGUGAACUUACUGCAGGACUUUGUUCACCUUUCUGAAGUUACAUUAUCAACCAGUACUCGGAGAAGGACGUUAACAGAAACCAAAGAUAUAAAAAUAAAAGCACCAAAGGGAUAUUUGAGGAGCUCAGUAACUUCGUUAAGGAAGUAAAAGAAAACCCGCAUUGGAUAUGAUUUAUCACCUGAAGUAUGGAUAUUGAUGAACGACAUUCAAAGGAUAACAGGGGUCAAACAGAGAAGACCAGCAACAAACUCUCAACCUGCCGCAUAAGUGUCCUUGGUAUUCCAGCAUGUUUCUUUUUAUGAGACUAUUUCUAGUGCUAAGAGCUUCACUACAAUGUGGAAAUGGAUACUGACAAAGGGUGCCUCUGCCUUUACACACCUGGCUUAUGUCUUUCUCCUCUUCCUGAUCUGUUCUUCGUCUGUUGCCUCCAAUGACAUCAGCAGAGAUAUGCGGUCUCCAAAUAUCUCAAGCUCUUCAUACAGCCUGGGAAGGCAUGUGCGCAGCUACAAAUACCUGGAAGGAGAUGUGCGGUGGAGAAAGCUGUUCUCUUUCACCAAAUACUUUCUCAAGAUCGAUAGGAAUGGCAAAGUUGGUGGAACAAAGAAGGAAAACUCUCCCUUCAGUAUACUGAAAAUUACAUCUGUGGAAGUCGGGGUUGUUGCUAUUAAAGCAAUUAGCAGCAAUUAUUAUUUGGCCAUGAACAAGAAUGGAAAGAUCUAUGGCUCAAAAGAAUUUAACGUUGACUGCGAACUUAAAGAGAGGAUAGAAGAGAAUGGUUACAACACCUAUGCUUCCAUGAGGCGGAAGCCGCAAAAAGGACGGCAAAUGUUUGUGACCUUGAAUGGAAAAGGGGUUCCACGGAGAGGGCACAAAACAAGACGGAAACACCCAUCAGCCCACUUUCUGCCAAUAGUGGUGAGACAUGAUGUCUCUAUAAUAUCAGACUAAAAUAGGUGUGGACACAGCACCACAUUCAUGAGCGCUGGUCUUAAUUCAACGUUACAUUUAUUUCCUAACAUCGCAUGACCCUAUUAAAGUAUGGAAGUCCUAAUGAAGAAUAUUAUCUGAGCUCAGGCAGUAAACUCACAGACAUCUGCUUGUAAAACUUUGAACAAGCCUUUGAUAUUCAAAAUGACUUUUGCUGGCACAAGGGGUUCCCAUGCCAUUAAAGAAUGAUGCAAAUUGAAGAGAACAUAUUUCAUUGGCAGCCAAUGUCAAAAUGUCUUGUGAUGCAACCUGAAGCACGAGAGACAAUGCAGUUGUACAAUGUUGUGUGAUCUUCGUGAGAAGAUGUUAUUUAUGGAGUCCUACCCCAUAUCAAAGACAUAUGCUCAUCCAAGCAUGAUUAUCCAUUGAGUGGUUAAACACGCAUUUAUCUGGAAGCACUUUGGAUCAGAUGUGAGAAGAACUGUUUUUUUGUAACUACACUUCAGCACAACAGACAGGACCCAUCAAAUGCAGAAAAUAUUAAUCUGCUCUGACAAAAUAAGUCUUGAUUUUGCUCUUUAAUCGAUCAAUUCUAAGCUCUACAUUUAAACUGCUUUGUUUACAAAGCAUGUUAAAGUCCACAAAAUAAAUUGUUGCAAAAUUAAACUUGAUUUUAAUGAUUGAUUAAAAAUAAUCUCUAGAAAAUAAAUACACUAGUGAUAAUAAAUUAGUAUUAAAGUUAUGGCACAAUAUGUUAAUCUUAAAAUGUUCCCUAUGUUCAUAACAAGAUUUAUUUUGAUGGAGCAGGUUUAACAAAAUAUCAGUAUACACCCAUUUCACUUUGUAACACACUGAGUUGCAUAAAGCUCCUAUUACAGUGAGUAGAAGAACACUUAGUAGUUAAAUUGUAUUUUGUUCUAAAUACUUUUAAAGAUAUUUCUAUUAAGAUUAAUAUUGAUGCUGCAUUUUCUUCAUACUUUGUUGUUGUAAAAUGGUUUGUUUAUUUUUGUUGUUUGGGAAUAGUAUUUCUGGUAUGAAGAAACAUUUUUGGCAAGUUGGUCUGUAGAUUUCUUCCCAAAUUUAAUCUCUUUGUUGCUGGUAUCUCAUUAUUAUUUAACGUGCCAUUCCAGGCAUUUCUGUCCAUCACAUCAGAUGUUUAAAAAUGUUAUAUGUUUGAUCACUUGCUGUACAAAAGAUGUUUUCUAUGUUGCAUAGUGAAAAACCAUUUGAUCACAUUACAGGUUUCAUUAAUAAAGUUGAUUGUCUCCAAAACAUGGGACAGUAUAUCCA